GUCAACUGUCAUGGUAAAUGGCAUGAUUUCGAUUUGACCAUGGACAGAUUGUCAGAUUCUCAUUUCUCAUGACAAUUUUUGUAGAAGCAAGUAAACUUCACGGUUGUUAGUUUUGUCUUCUCUGGUUUUUUUAACGGUAAUGUGCGUAAUAAGUGGCUUUUUGUCUAUAUCAUUAUAAAGAUAAACUAACCGAAGACUGACCGAAAAAAGUUAAUAUGCCCGUUAAAAAAAAUCGAAAGGUUCGUCCUGCCUUUAGCACACAGAACACGAAACAAACAUCCACCGGAAAUAAUCCGAAAAACUUAAAAAUUUCGGACGAAUUGUUGUAUUUGAACAAAGAGCAGUUGAAGAUUGAGUGCCGAAAGAGGGGACAAAGAACAACCGGCACCAAGAAUGAAUUGUUGCAAAGGUUAGGAAAAACUAUGGCUGGCCAUGGAAAGAAGAAGGACGCAACGGGGAACCACCAUAUGAACGGAGGUUCGACGACACAAGCCAAAAACAAAAAGCACAUCGACAUACAAAAGAAAGAAAAAGAGAAAAAUGAGCGGGAAUCUUUGGUAUUGUGGAGGAAGCCGCUUAGGACUGUAGAAUAUUUUAUUAGAGAAUGUAUAGAGUUAGCCACUAUUUACGGAAAGAAAAUUUUAGCAAGUAAAGUUAUCCUCGGAGUGAUUUCACUCUCAGUAUUAUUAUUGUACAUAUUAGUAAAUUCCAAAGGACCACACCAAGCGUUGGUACAAGGGGCGUAUAAAAAAUUGUUAUGGUGUUCAUAUUGGGUAGGGUUAGGCAUUUUGUCGUCAGUAGGUUUAGGUACGGGCCUUCAUACAUUUUUGUUAUAUCUCGGACCCCAUAUAGCUCAAGUCACUUUAGCGGCGUAUGAAUGUGGUAGUUUAGACUUUCCAGAGCCACCGUAUCCCGACGAGAUAGUCUGCCCUACCGACGGGAAAGUUGGCGUAAUAUCGUUUCUUAGUAUAAUGUCUAAAGUUAGACUGGAAGCUAUGUGUUGGGGUGCCGGUACGGCGUUGGGGGAACUACCGCCAUAUUUUAUGGCUAGAGCUGCAAGACUAUCUGGUAUUGAUCCAGACGAUGAAGACGAAGACCUUAAAGCUUUCGAAGAACUAGAAAAGAAAAAGAAAAAUCACAGGAACGAAUUGACGUUGGUGGAGAAAGGAAAGUUGUUCGUAGAAGAGAUUGUACAAAAGGUUGGCUUCUUAGGAAUUUUGGCUUGUGCCAGUAUUCCAAACCCAUUGUUCGAUUUGGCGGGCAUCACCUGCGGCCAUUUCCUAGUACCCUUCUGGACCUUCUUCGGGGCCACCCUAAUAGGAAAGGCCAUCAUCAAAAUGCACCUCCAGAAAAUGUUCGUCAUCAUCGCUUUCAACGAAACACUAAUAGACACUGCCUUAGACUGGUUAAAACUAGUUCCCGUCAUCGGCGAAAAGCUCCAAGUACCCUUUAAGGCGUUCCUGAACGGCCAAAAGCAGAAGUUACACAAAAACGCCCCGCAAGCCACUACGGACGGUGGAAACAUUUUAGGGUCUAUUUUCGAAAAGUUUGUCAUCGCCAUGGUGCUGUACUUUGUUAUUUCUAUAGUUAACUCGUUCGCACAGUCGUACCAUAAGCGGAUAAACAAGAAGAAAAAUACCAAAGCUAGCAAAGAUUAGGCAAAUUUUUGAUAGACAAGUUCCUAGUGUACAUAAUUUUUCUAGAAGAUGCAAGAUGUAUUAAAAAAUGUUUGCGUGAAUGAAAAAUAGUUUAUAUUAUCAGUGAUAAUUUUUAUAUCCUCAAGAUUUUAAUAAUAACAACAAAAAUUUCAUAGUUGGACUUUAAAACCCACCAAUUAAAUAUAUACAGUUGUUUUCACUUCAUAUUCUUUUACUUUUAAUCACUCUGUAUAUAGAAAAACUGUAAAAUAUAUCCAAUGGAUUGGUUUGCUAUUUUUGUUUCCUUUUUAUUUACCACUUUGCUAGUCUUUAGUCUUUUUCACGCCGACUUUUCAUCUUCCUUCCUUUUUUAAUAACAUCACAAGUUUACUGUGUUUUUAUUUGAUGUUUUAUGUCACAUACAUACAAAAUAAAACUAUUUUUAUUUUAAAAUCAUUGUUUUGUUAAUAAUCAGGCCAUUUUGAUUUAUUUUCUACAAAAUGUCGUUUGUUUUCGUUUUUUCACUAUUUUUUCCGAUUUUUCUAAUUUAUUGUUUUGCUUUUUCAUCUUUAAUUGAAGAACGUCUUUACAAUCGUAUUCUUUAUCAGUUUCUUACUAU